AUGCGAUUUUUGUUGGACUCAGCCAGCCUUCAAGGGUCCCACGUAGCUUCAAUACAGGGAAGGUGGAAGAAGUUGACUGCCUUCGGUAAAAGACAUCAACUGAUGAUUUGUCGAUCGCCACAUGUUAAUUGGCCAAUGAAAACACAAUUUCGUCUGCACUCAUUCGAGGAAACAACACAAGACUUCGGCUCAAAGCUGGAGGUGAUUGGGCCACCAGACCUCGCAAAAAUCCCAGACUGCUGGGUCAACCUGACUAGCAUAACCUUUGCGCAACGCUUGCAUGGGCUAUCCGGGUUAUCGAUGCAUCAUGCAGCAGGGCGAAGUGUGAUGACGGCGAAGGGUGCAGCCAAAGUGAUGUCAAAGCGCGCCAAGCAUGCACUGUGCCACGAGAGAGCGCGCGGCUGCAGGGGAAUCUCCUAUCAUUUCCUAUUUUGGACCGGACUACCUCCAGCCCUUGGACAAUUAAGCGCCUGGUUUAGCGCACCCAAACUUCUGCCGAUCCCAUACGUCAUAGUCAACUGGUGGAAGCCAACGAGAGUGUAUCUCACAGACUUGCAGCUCAUUAGUGCUUUUGACCUAUGUACGGCCAAGGAACACAUCUGGCCCCGCCGGUUCGAAACGAGGGGGGAAUAUUCUGACUGGCUGCCAGGCCCUGGUGGAAAUCAAGUUAAGAAGUUUUUGGAAGAGCUUAUUGACCAACAAACAAGUCAGCCUCGAUUUGUUCUUUUCAAGCGUGGUAGCAGAUUGGACACGGCACACUCGGAUGAAAACAUCGAGAAGGGGCUAAUGGCUGGGCCAUAGAACGGCCAAUUAAAUCCUUUACGAUGGCCCCCUGUCCGCUCGAGUUCUUCGCUAGCUUGGUGACUUGGUUGACCUUUCCAUUGGGAUGAUUGACACCACCAUAAGAAACUGGCCGCCUGGCAGGUUAUCGUUGUGCAGGUUUAACAUUUCAUUGUUAAAUCUGGGAAGAGGGCUUUGUUGCUGUUGAGAGCCAAAGGCUAAACGAAAGUUCGAUAUCCUAGGCUCUUGUGAUAGUUCCGUUCCGGCCUCCAUAUGGAAAUGAGCACAACAAGCUUUUUCGCCCCUUUUGCACCGGCAAUGCAAGGAAUUUGUGGCGUUCCUAGGACUGAUUUCUGAAUGUACCGUUUCGUUUGGACGAUAUUACCACAAUGGCUGGUUGUUCAUGAGACUCAUCAGAAACCCAGCUCCUCAGUUCCCCACCUGUUAUUAUUUUUCUACCCUUGAUUUUACAGUUUCACCGGGGGAGGGAUGCCAUGUCUCAUCACAACGGGGAUAAAGGGUCCUUUCCUACCAAUCACGCCACAAAAGCUCACACUGAGAAAGGCAAACAAGGAAUAGCCAAGGAGGCCGCUCCAGAAAAGGAAGAGAGUGGUAAGGCCUAGAAGAGGUGAUUUGCUGCUGCUAACAACUGUGCCACUUCCCUUAGUUGAAUUAGAGCAUUUAACUAUCCAACCGGCCAGUGUCAGUACCGUACGUUGUUUGAACCAUCGUGGUAAUAUUUCCGUUCUGAUGGUAAUUUAUACCGCUGCGGUACAUACGAUUAGUGUAUGGACAAGCCUCGUAUCUUUGCCCCAUCUGGCCGUUCGUGGAUCCAUACCUGUAUUAUUAUUGUUGAAACCGUUCUUUCCAGAUUGGCGGCACUCAAUGUUAGCCCUGUGUGGCCUGGAUAGCCGCCGGAGGUAGUCGGCAGUAUCCUUUGGACGGUAGGUACAGACAAGGAGCUCAAGUAGCCUCGCUACUGACACAGGCCUCACGAAUUAUCACGCGGCAUUCUCUUAUUAAAGUGGAGGCCUGUGAUCUGCCUACACAUCGCGCACCCUGAACUGCACGCAAUGGUCUGCCACUGGAUGACGAACCAUCACUUUCCAUGUGAACGCCGCAGGACACGAAAGACGGGAUUGGUUUUUUGCCCUGCUCUACCUGAUCUCGCCUGUUUGCCUAACCCCUGUGCUAGCCCAAUCGAAGGACCAAAGGAUCUUUGAAGCCCGCGUCCUGAACGACCAACAAAGUCAGUUGCAAGGUGUCAAUUUUCUUCGAUCUCCUUGCCUUACGCCAACAUAGCGCAUGUAUGAACUCCCUUGAUAGCUCCCACUCUGUUGCUCAGUCCCACGGAUCGACUUAUUCAAAGUAUUUUAGUUUUAGCCUAUCUUGGUGGAGAAGGGUAACUACUCUCCACUUUUUUUUUUUUUUUU